AUGGGGGACCACGACCGCAUCCGGCUGGUGCUGCUCGGCGGCGCCGGCGUCGGCAAGAGCGCCAUCGUCAAGCGCUUCCUCUUCAACACCUUCACCGACAAGUACCGCAGCACCGUCGAGGACCUCUUCUCUCGGGAGUACGAUCUGGGACCAGUUUCGCUGAAGGUGGACAUCCUGGACACGGCGGGGGACAUGCAGUUCCCCGCGAUGCGGCGGCUGAGCAUCGCGACGGCGCACGCCUUCCUGCUGGUGUACGCCGUCACGUCGUCGGCGUCGCUCGCCACGGUGAAGCGCUGCCUGCAGGAGGUGCGCGAGCAGCGGCCAGACUUCCAGGAGAUCCCCAUCGUCGUCGCGGGCAACAAGCUCGACCUGGCCGCCACGCACCGCGAGGUCGCCAUUGAGGACGUCUCCGAGUGGCUCUUCUGCGAGCUCCCCAAGCUCAGGGCCAAGGUGCUGGAGUGCUCGGCGCGGGACGACUACAACGUGCGCGACGUGUUCCGCACGCUGCUGACGCUGUCGCGCAUCCUGCCGGUGAGCGGCGACGAGGUGACCAGCGGCCUGAAGCGGCGCUCCAGCGCCUACGUGAGCGCCAGCAAGGCGGCGCACCGGCGCGGCGGCAGCCCGGCCACCACGGCACCGCCGCCCUGCGCCUCCAGCGCGGAGGCGGCGGGCCCGGCCAGCGGGGGGGCGGCGGGGGCGGCGUCCCUCGAGCCGGGGGGCGCGCGCGCCAAGCCGCGCAGCCGCAGCCUCAUCCGGCGCUCCAGCCGCAAGGCCAAGCAGCAGAUGCGCGACGCGCACGGCGCCGACGACUGCAACGUCUCUUAG